AUGAUGAACGACCUGACCCCCAAGCUGGGCAGGAGGAGACGAGCGGCUUGGGGAGCGUACAAGAGCAUCGAGGAUGUAGUGAGGAAGACCAGGAACACCCGGCUCCGUGCUCACCUCUUCAACACCACCGUGCUUCCUGCUUUGACCUAUGCUUCGGAAACCUGGGCGUUUCGCAAGCACGAAGAAAACGCAGUGAGCGUCAUUGAACGCGCAAUUGAGAGAGUGUUGCUAGGAGUAUCCCGCUUCACGCAAGUGAGAGACGGGAUUCGAAGUUCUCACCUACGUCAGCGAUCGAAGAUUAGAGACGCCGCCGCGUUUGCCAAGGAAAGUAAGGUGGGCCGGACACGUGAUGCGCUUUGA